AUCAUUCUUCGAAAAAUUCUGAAACUAUGAAGUUGGCAUUAUCCGUGUUUUUGGUGGCCCUAGUGGCCGGCAUUGUAGUGGCCGAUGAGAGCAAGGGGCCGAAAGUGACCGACAAGGUCUUCUUUGACAUCACCAUUGGCGGCGAGCCCGCUGGGCGCAUUGAGAUCGGCUUGUUCGGCAAAACUGUGGAGAAGACCGUGAAGAACUUCAAGGAGCUGGCGGAGAAGCCACAGGGCGAGGGCUACAAGGGGAGCAAGUUCCACCGCAUCAUCAAGGACUUUAUGAUCCAGGGCGGCGACUUCACCAAGGGUGACGGCACCGGCGGACGCUCCAUCUAUGGCGAGCGCUUCGAGGAUGAGAACUUCAAGCUGAAGCACUAUGGCGCCGGCUGGUUGAGCAUGGCCAACGCUGGCAAGGACACCAACGGUUCUCAGUUCUUCAUCACCACCAAGCAGACCAGCUGGCUGGACGGACGCCAUGUUGUCUUCGGCAAGAUCCUGUCCGGCAUGAGUGUGGUGCGCAAGAUUGAGAACGGUGCCACCGAUGCCCGCGACCGUCCCGUCAAGGAUGUGGUCAUUGCCAACAGCGGCAGCAUCCCCGUGGCCGAGGCCUUCUCCGUUGCCAAGACUGAUGCCACCGACUAAGGGAAGAACCCUUGCAGAUUUUAAUCAUCCCAUAAUAAAUUUAAUCAAUGUGAACUAAAUAAGUAAACAUCAUAAUUGUGUAA